AUGAUUGGAUGGGCAAUAUGCGUAAAUCAGGAUGUUGAAGAAUUUCUUGAAGACUAUGAAGCGUAUAGAGCAUCGAAGGAAUGUGAUGAAGAUAAAAUGCAGCAAGUAAUAAGACUCUAUGUCUCUAACAAUCUAAAGCCCUGGAUACGUGAACAAAUAAAGGCCAACAGUACAUGGACCAAUCUGAAAGCUGCUAUUAGCUCUGGUGCCCAAACGUCCUAUAAUGUUGAGGAAAAGCUCGAACAAUUAAAAAGUGUGAAGCAAAAGCCGAAUGAUAUGAUCAAGACAUAUACCAACCAGUUCGAUGCGUGUGCAGAAGCUGUGAAGAAUCAUAUCAGAGGUCUUGAGAAAAGACAAUAG